AUACUUUUAAAAUCGAUUUAUCAAUGGCUGAUUCCAAAACCACUAGUACCUAAACGUCAGACUUAGCUACUCAAAGGCGUCUCAGAGAAUUAAGCAUAUGUUGUAGUAUAUAUGACUCAUGAUGAAGUAUGAGUCAUAGUAUAAAUGUCUAUAUCAUGUAUAAGAUAGGUAUUUGAGUGUAAAGAUAGGUGCUUGAGUGUAUAAUGUAGGUAUAGUGACUUGUGUGACAAGCUUUAUGCCAAAGGGGAACAAGUAUGGCAAUCAUCAUCAUCAAAGCCACAAUGUGAAGCUACAAAUGAAGAUGCCACAAUGUGAAGCUACAAAUGAAGAUGCCAUAAUGUGAAGCUACAAAUGAAGAUGCCAUCAAGUUGUAUUAUUAUUUAAGCACUCACACUUCAAAUGUAUUCCUAUAAAUACCUCUAUUGUAUGAGAUGAAAACAACACACUUGAAUCUCCAUUCUCAGAAUCAAAUCUCUCUCCCUCUCAAGUUAAUUUAUGUUCAUUCCAAAGUUAUUUUAUGUUUGUCCUUAAACACGUUAUCAGCACGAGGCUCUAACUCCUGCCUGCUUGUACGCCCCUAAACAUCUUGAUAGGGACCUCAGAUCAAAAUCCUUCCUUCAACAAAGUUGUUCACCUCUGUCUCUUCUAUUUGACCUCCAAAUUUCAGGCUUAUUGGAGUGGUUUUGAGACUUGUACAUCAUUUAAAGUGGGAGUUGUUCAGCACUCUCAUUCCUGUGCAGAUCAGCCUGUUUGCACACCCUGAAACAUCUUGUUCAGAACCUCUGAUCAAAAUACUUUCUGCAUAAAAGUUGUUUAUCAAUGUUUCUUCUAUUUGACCUCCAAAUUUCAGCCUUAUUGGAGUAGUUUUGUGACCUGUACACCAUCCGAAGUGGGAGCUAUCCAGAACGCUCAUUCCUGUGCAGAUCAGCCUGUUUGCACGCCGAGAAACGUCCUUUUCGGGACAUAUAAUCAAAAUCCUUUCUUCAUAAAAGUUGUUCAUCUAUGUCUCAUAUAUCUGAUCUCCAAAUUUCAGCCAUGUUGGAGUCGUUGUGAGACCUGUACACCAUUUGAAGUGAGAUCUGUUCAGAAGAGAAUUUGCUCCGAAUUUCAACAAGAUGUCGAAUGAACCUAGACUCGAUUUUCAAAUCCUUGACUCAACUGGUUCGGAUUACCAUAGUUGGAAAACCGACGUUGAGAACCAUCUCACAUCAAAAGGGAUAUUGCCCAUAAUCCAGGCACCAAAUGCAGGCCUUGUGUUCCAACGAACACCCAUAAAACAUGCACAAGCAAUUAUCUUGAUGCGACGCCAUAUGGACAAAGCACUCAGAUUGGAGUAUAUGUCCAUCAAAGAUGCAAGGGACCUAUGGGUAGCGCUAGAAGAGCGCUUUGAUAAUAUCCAAGAUUCCCUCCUCCCUGACUUGAAGGUUCAAUGGAACAAUUUACGCUUCUCCGACUUCAAGUCUGUUGCUGAAUACAAUUCAGAAGCUCUUCGGCUAAGUGCCAUGCUGAAGUUCUGUGAAAAACCUCUCACAGAAGAAGAGCUAAUUGAGAAGACUCUCUCCACCUUCCCCGUCGCAGCAAUUAUACUAUCAAAGCAAUAUCGCACUGAAUAUAAUGCUGGACGACUUACGAAGUUCAAUGAGCUUAUCAAUAUUUUGUCGGUAGAUGAGAAGCACGACAAUAUCCUUGUAAAGAAUUAUAAUUCAAGGCCCGUAGGAACCAAAAGCGUUCGUGAGGCGAAUUAUAAUGCAUCCAAGAAAGGGCGCAAGGAGCGAUACCCUACUAAUAAGGGGCAUGUAUACCCUAACAAGGGACAUGACGGACGCAUGGGUCCAUACAACCGCCCCAAUAAAGAAGGAAACCACAACUUUGGAGCGGGCACACGUGGUGGAAAAUCCACACGUGGGAGAGGAGAAUAUAACAACACCAUGGGUCGUAACACUGUGGGCCGUGGAGGUCGCAUAAUACGCCGUGGUAGUGGCAGCAACAACCCGCCUAGGGAAUAUCCACAACGUGCACCUCAAAUAAAGAAAGUCAACCACAAUGACGUAUGUCAUAGGUGUGGAUCAAUCGAGCAUUGGUUUAAGCAAUGCCAAGCAAGUACACAACUAGCUGCACGCUACAAGGAGUACAGGGAAAUGAGGGAGCAAGAAGCUCACCUUGCUGAAGAAGAUGAUGGUGAAGAUUAUGUCUUCGGGAGAAUUGGAAUGCCUUCUUGA